AUGGGUGACUGUGGUACCUUUGCUCCAUAUAUACUCCCCACCCCUAUCGGUGACAGCUUACCGCAGCCUUUGGACUCGCCUGAUGAGAUAUCCGUUCUAAUAACAGGCUUUGGUCCUUUUAAGACCAACCAUGUGAAUGCGUCAUAUCUGAUCGCUUCCUCUCUUCCAUCAUCUUUCCUUUUCCCAUCGUCUAAAGACAACGAGGCGGACCCGCGUCGAGUCUCACUCUAUGUGCACCCCACCCCGAUCCCAGUGGCGUAUGCCACUGUUCGAGAGACUCUUCCCUUGAUUCUAGAGGAUUUUGCUUCCUCUCAUGGUGGUCGCAGACCUGACCUCGUUAUUCAUAUCGGCAUCGCAGCUCCGCGGCAGUAUUACGCCAUCGAAACUUUAGCUCACCGAGAUGACUAUAACAUGACCGAUAUCAAUGGCCGCCCCGGCUAUGUGGACGGCGAGAAGCGAUGGAAAGGGUUGGGUCUGCCGCCAAUUCUGACGCCAGGUCGUGCUACAGAUGAUCCCUCCUCUGCUUCGCCUUACCAGCCCGACGACCAGUUCCUGGAGAUGUGGCGCUCUUUUGCUCCCGAGUCAGAUCUUCGGAUCUCCAAGGACGCGGGUCACUACCUGUGCGACUUCAUUUUCUAUACCAGCAUGUCUUUAGCCCACUUACAGGGUCAAGACCGCAAUGUCCUGUUUCUUCAUGUCCCUGGGGCGUCUGAGGAUGCAAAUAUUGAGCAAGGCCGAAUUGUCACACUCGCCCUAAUUAAGGCAAUGGUCGCGUGUUGGCUUGAUAAGAAGCCUUCGGCAUAG